CAGAAUUCCUGAACACGGUGACGUCAUAUCAAAAUGGCUACUUCGAAGAAAUACGACGUUGUUGUGUUCGGAGCGUCGGGUUUUACCGGCCAGUUUGUGGUCGAAGAGCUCGGUCGUGUCACUUCGGAGGAGGAGAGGGGUCUGACAUGGGCCGUGGCAGGUCGCAACCAAGACAAACUGAAUCAGGUCUUGGAGAAAGCGAGCGCUACCAUCGGAGUAGAUCUGAAGGAUGCGGUGGAUGUGCUUCUGGCUGACAUUGAGAAUGAGGAGAGCCUGAACGACAUGGCUGCCCAGGCACAGGUCGUGCUCAACUGUGUUGGUCCUUACCGCUUCUUUGGUGAACCAGUAGUGAAGGCUUGUCUGAAGAACAAAGCCCAUCACAUUGACAUUUCUGGGGAGCCGCAGUUCCUAGAGACCAUGCAGUUUAAGUAUGAUGAGGAAGCCAAGAAGAAAGGCGUGUACAUCGUCCAGAGCUGUGGGUUUGACAGUGUUCCUGCUGACCUGGGUGUCCUGUACACUGUCAAGAAUUUCCCAGGGAGGAUAAAUACAAUUGAGAGCUAUCUCACCCUGAAUGCUGGGCCUGAGGGAGCAGUGGGACAUUACGCGACAUGGCAGUCUGCCAUCCACGGGUUGGCCAAUGCCGAAGAGCUGAGAAACCUGCGCAAGGAAAUGGGCACCAAGAAGCCUCUACCCAAGUCUGGACCCAAGCUGGAAAAUAGAGGCCCCGCCCACUGGAGUGAGAUGCUGCAGAAGUGGUGUGUGCCUUUCCCUGGUGCUGAUGCGUCUGUGGUCAGAAGAACGCAGAGGUUCCUCUAUAACAAUGGAGAAAACUGUCCGGUACAAUACGGUGCCUUCGCCAGCAUCCCUGAUCGAAUAGACUUGUUCAAGUGGCAGGCUGCCUCCAAGGUGGUGACUAGCCUGGCUGACACCGAGUUUGGACUGGGCUUGUUGGAAGAGGUACAGUUUGGUGCCUAUGCCUGUGUAUCAGCCUUCAGAUACUUGGUGUUACUGAUGGUCGUUGGGGUAGUCUUUGGUGUCAUGACCAAAUUCAGCUGGGGACGGUGGCUGCUGUCCAAGUAUCCCCGCCUGUUCUCCCUGGGAUACUUCAGUCACGAGGGACCCACUCAGAAACAGAUUGAAGGAGCAUCCUUUAACAUGCAGUUCAUUGGGACUGGAUACAGCAAUACUGUACUGGAGGAUGGGGAUUAUGAUGGACCUCCCAACAUGACCAUCGCGACACAGGUGGAAGGACCAGAGGCUGGGUACGUCACCACGCCCAUCGUGAUGGUACAAGCGGCAAUCACCUUGCUGAAGGAGAUGAAGAAAUUUCCUGCCAAGGGAGGUGUGAUGACUCCUGGCACAGCCUACAAGGACACCAGCCUUGUGGAGCGGCUGAGUGACAGAGGUGUGAUUUUCUCCAUCACUGCACCUGCAGCAUCCAACUAAUGACUGUCCCAAAACACAGCCUCAACCUGCCAAUAGUUCAUCCUCUACAAAUAUAGCACACAACAUCUCACAUUUCCAGGCAGGAGGCAGUGGGGAGUCGUGGGGACCAUGAAGAGUUAUGGCCUUGCCAGCGGCGGAGAACUUUUCAUGUAUGAAUGUCAUCAUGAAAGAUGGGAAGCCGAAUCAAUGUACCAUUCCUUAUAGAUAUAUACACAAUAGGAUAGGCACGACAUGUAAGUUUAACCUAGUAUGUAAGAGAGUUACAAACAACAGGUAACAUCCACAGGUCACUCCUUGUGAAGUUUAUAGAAAAGUAGACACAAAAUGAACGCAUCAUUUCUGGAAUGAUAAGGCAGUUCAAACUACAUGUAGUUCGAUACUGUAAAUCAAAGUGUUUUCUUGGUAAUAUCUACGGAAAAAGCUGUACAUGAUCAUGAUAAGAAAGAAAGAAAUCGAUAAAACUAUUAAGCAAUUCUUGCUAUUCAUGCUGCUUUAGAGAAUACCUCUAGAUAGUAAAUGUUGUACAAUGCAUUAGAAGUAUGAUGGUUUUGUUUUUAUUGCAAUAUGAUUAUUUCUUAAACUGGUUAUUGAUAUAUUAUAAUUCACAUUAUUUAAUAGUCACUUUGUUAAACAGGAUUGCUUGUCCACAUAUUCCGAAGUAGGAGGGCAACAUUUCCUGAUACAGUUGUGGGAGAUGGAGUGUAUCUGUGUAAUAAUGAAAUCACUAAAUUAAAUAUUCUAAAGCUGGUAUGUGAAGUUAGAGGGGGAGGGGGGUGAAGCUGCUAUUUGAGUAUGUGGAAAUACUUGUAGUAAUAUGCAUGGUAACCAUUGCUUCCAGUGCUUUACCACUAAGUCCA